UCUAGUUUAAGUGGAUUACGCUGAGAAAAGCACUUAAUUAGAAAGCACACAUGUAUGCAGGCCUAAAAGUGUGUCACCUGACCAGACUGUGAGCAGCAGGCGGCUGCUCACAGGGUUAACUGCUGAUUAAGGUCAAACUGGAGACGCACACACACACACACACACACACACAGAAAGAAACAGCCUAAGUAUUAUGAAUCAAUUCGUUGUCACCUCAUAAUGGAUACAUUUUGUUAGGAGUCUGCAGAAUGUCAUGACUUUGUCAAAAAAGUAAACAUGGAACAAAAGUCAUUGGAGCUGCGGGUGUCAGUCUAUCCUCCUCUCUUGGCCGACGGUAUCUGCGGCUAAUCGUGUUCUUCGAAUCCACGGCUAAACAUGUGGACUUGGGCCGUUCAGAUCACAGAAAGAGGACAGCGAGACAUACAACUAACCAAGCCAUCAAGCAGGAAGUUUUAUUCGAGUCACUGCGGAUAUUUCACCGUUUCUUCAAUGUUGAUGUGCAAGAUUCAUCUGUAGAAGGAGUGUUCGCAAAAAGACUGAGGUGGGGCAAGCGAAAGUGUGGUGCUGAUGGACACCGAGUGCCAGGAAUGGAGUGAAAGUGAGGAAGGCUCCAACUCAGAGGAAGAGGACACAACUUAUGAGGAAAGCUAUGCCAUUGAGCCAUGCUGCCACCCCCGGCUGGACACAGACAUUGAGACAGUGAGGAGUCUGUAUUCAGAUAGUGCAAUCUCUACCAGUGAAUAUCAAUCCGUUGAUGACGUGGACGUGGACUUGAACAUUAGAGCCAACAUUUUGGAUGAGGAGGUGGCCAAGGCUUGGAGCGUAGAUCCAAUCGAGCCCAUCAUUGUGCGCCUUCACUUAUCGUUGUCUCAGUAUCUCGAUGGACCAGAACCCACAGUUGAAGUCUUUCAGCCAUCAAAUAGACAUCAUUUCAACCUUGGAAAAAAACUCCAGAGUGUUCUUGCAUCCUUCAUAUCUCGUGAGUGGAAACACCUGACCAAUGACACCAUGAUAGUUCAUCAGAAGAGAAAACACAGCUGGUUCAGGCCUGGCGGAACCAUAAAGAAAUUCUGUGCAAAACUCAGCAUCUGGCUGCCAUUGUCAAAAUCGAAAACACUCCAAAGCUGCAGCCUGAGGGGACGGAUUGUUUUGCCUGGCAUGAAAUUGAACGAUUUCACCAAUCACACAACUUCAUACAACAUUAAGAAUCCAUCGGGAGAACUUUUCACUCACACACCCAGUGGAAAGAGAGUGAUGGUCGCAGGAGUGAAAUCAUCACCUCACCUCAGCACCAAGCAGCUGAUAGAGCUGAUGUUCUUCUCUCAGGCCAUCAGACACUGUAAGACCUCCCUGACUCUGCAACAUGGCUUCUUGGUGCAGGUUAUGAAAUAUGCAGAGCAGAGGAUCUUAACAUUGAAUGAGUACUGCGUGGUUUGUGAUGAGAGGCAUGUUUUUCAGAAUGGCCCCAUGUUGAAGCCCGCAGUGUGCACCAGAGAACUCUGUUUGUUUUCCUAUCACACCAUGGGGGUUAUGUCAGGAGCCACGGAGGAGGUUGCCACCGGUGCAGAGGUGGUCGACCUGCUGGUGGCGAUGUGCAGGACAGCCCUACAGUCCUCACGCAAGGAUAUCAUAUUUGAACCAUACCCAUCUGUUGUCGAUCCAAAGAACCCCAAAAUUCUGGCCUUUAGUCCGAAAAGAAAGAGCUAUGUGAGGCUAGAAAAAGCCUUAGACAGCCUCUUGUUAAUUCGGAGGAUGGCACAGGGUCCAUAUUCUGAAAUUAGAAAACAGAUGGACAGGAUAGACCCUCUUGCAGUUCCUUUACUACAGUGGAUUUUAUCGAGCAACAGAUCCUACAUUGUCAAGCUUCCAGCCAACAGGGUAGGACUGAGCUCUGUAGUAGCACAACUGCCAUUUAUGCACACGCCUCACCAGUUCCUGCUCAUCAGCAGCCCCCCCACCAAAGAGGCUCGCUUUCAAACUGCCCGCAAGCUUUAUGGGAGCACCUUUGCUUUCCAUGGUUCCCACAUUGAAAACUGGCAUUCUAUUUUAAGAAAUGGACUUGUUAAUGCCUCCAAUACAAAGUUUCAGAUGCAUGGAGCUGCUUUUGGCAAAGGCAUCUAUUUAAGCCCGAUCUCAAGCAUAUCAUUUGGAUAUUCUGACAUGGGCAAGGGACAACACCAGGUACCAACCAAAGAGGAACUCCUGGGAAAAUAUAAUCGAAUAAACAAAGUCCAGAAGGAUCACCCUGGCAGGUUUCUGCAAAGCAGGAACCUCAACUGUGUUGCACUUUGUGAAGUAAUAACAACGAAGGACCUUAAGAAACACGGUAACAUCUGGGUGUGCCCUAUACCUGACUACGUGUGCACCCGUUUCCUUUUUGUGUAUGAAAAUGGUUGCGUGGGAGAUGUGCACAUCAACACUCAGGACGCCAACAUUCAUAGCCAAAUUUUACACGUCACUGCAACCGAGCCAAGCUGAAAAAAUACCCUAAUUAUUUGGGUUGUGUUAGAGAACAGGUACUCUACAUAUGCUAUAGUUUACACACAAAUGACAUUGUUGGAGUGAAUAACAGUUAAAAAAAAAAAAAAAAAGUGUGUUCCCUGCCAAUUAUAGGUAGAUUCUUCUUUUUGGACGGAUAAAAAUAGUUAAAAUAAUGAAAAGCACUACAAAUGUCCACCACGAAAUGUUAUUUUCAGGCUAUAAAUCAGGGAUUCUCAAACUGUGGUACGGGUUCGUGGGCUCAAUUAAGUGAUCAGUGUUUUAUUUUCCAAUAUUCAAACACACCGUUCAAACUGUGUGUAAUGUUACAGUGGCCAAAAAUAUUAAAUAUACUUUUUAAAUAAAA